AUGUUCAGAUUAGCGUCCAAGCCAGUGCAAAAGUCCCAGGUGAGAAGCUUGUACACUUCCAUCCUCGAGUCGGACAUCAACAUCACCAAGGCCGGUAAGGUCAAUAUCUCCGUCGGUCGUGGGGGCCGUUCAUCCAGAACUGGCUACACCGCCACUGUGUUUGGCGGUACCGGUGGUUUGGGGAGACUUUUGGUUUCCAAGUUGGCCAGACACGGAACUGUGACUGUGGUGCCGUUCAGAGACCAGAUGAAAGGCAGAGACGUCAAGCCGUGUGGUGACUUGGGGGUCGUGAACCCGGUUGAGUUCGAUAUUAGAAACACUGCGUCCAUCGAAGAAGCUGUGGCUUACUCCGAUAUUGUGUACAACUUGGUGGGGACCGAAUGGGAAGGUACUGCGUUCAAGAUGGCAGACGUCAACAUCGAGGCGUCCAGAAGAAUUGCACAGGCCUCGAAGGAUGCUGGCGUUUCUAGAUUUAUCCAGGUAUCCUCCUACUGUGCAGACCCGGAGUCUGCAUCCACCUUCUACGCCACCAAGGGGCUUGGCGAGAAGGUUGUCCGGGAAAUCAUCCCAGAUGCUACCAUUGUUAGACCGGGCAAAAUGUACGGCAGAUUCGGUUCCAGAUUCUUGCAAGACAUGAUCUGGCAGAGACAAACGCACUUCAACCGCCAAAGAAAGUUCAACGUCAACCAGUACGAGAAGCUCUUCUUCCCAACCCACUACUCGGACGUCGCCAAAGCGUUGGAGAUCAUCGGUUUCGACGACACCACUGCCGGCGAGUUGUUCGAAUUGCACGCCAACGAAAAGUACUCCCACUGGGACGUCAAGGAGUUGGUCUACACCGUCAGACCAGAUAUUAUGUUCUCUGAGUCCAAUUACCCGGUUGAGUGGGCCAAGUUGAUGUCCAAGUUGUUGUACGGCAAGUGGAGAAACAUCCCAACCAUGGACGAGAUUGAGAGACAGUUGAUCGCCCACAACCCAGACCCAAAGGCCAAGACCUUUGCUGACUUGGGCGUUGUCCCGGACAAGUUCACCGACAAGAUCCACGAGUACAUUCUUCCAAAGAAGUUGCCUAUGACUGCUGUGUUGGGCGACUCCUCCCACAAGGAUAUCAAGAGGGGCGGUGUUAUCUUGGUCUAG